AUGGGUGCUACUAACUCAAGAGCUGAAAAGAAUGAAGCUUUAUGUAUGUGUAAAGAAAGAAAACGGUUCAUCAAGGUGGCUAUUGAUUCUAGAUAUGAUUUAGCUGCUUCGCAUGUUUCUUACAUUCAAUCUCUUAGAAAUGUUGGUAUAGCUUUAAAAAGAUAUGCUGAAGCUGAGGUGCUUGUAGAGUCUUCUUUAUCGAUUUCUGAUAAAACGCCUUCUCAAACUAGUUACCCUUCUCCUUCAUCGCCGUUGAAUGUUGCUGAGGUUGAGGCUUCAGAUUCACCUUUGCAUAAUGAAAGUCCUUUUUCAAAACCUCCUCCUUCUCUUAGUUAG